AUGGGAUUGCUCGCGCUUGGGACGGCCCUGGAUUGGCCGGAGGCCAAGAAGAGAGCAGACCAGGUCCGCAAAUGGGGAAUCGAGCAAUUACUUGCGAACUGGCAUAGAGCCAAAGGAAAGGAGCGCAAUGCUCUACUAUGGGGCGACGAGGUUGAGUAUCUCGUUGUGGCUGUUGACGACGAAGCCAAGAAAGCCCGCCUUUCACUCGCGCAGGCUGAGAUUCUGAAGUCGCUCGCUGAAGACGAAGCAUCAUGGAAGCAGGGAACUCGGCCGCAGUCUCCAAACAAUGAACAUGACGGGGAAGAGCCACCCCACUUCCACCCCGAAUUCGGCCGUUUCAUGCUUGAAGCUACACCGGGAAAGCCAUGGGGAAUUGACUUCAAGGACUUGCUGAAAGUAGAGUCAAACAUGAAAUGGAGACGAGAGGUUGCCAAAGCCCAUAUGGCACCGAACGAACACCCGAUCACUCUCACCACUUUCCCUCGUUUGGGCACCAAGGAUGAUUAUAUCAAACCCUACUACCCACCAUCUGGCCCUGCUCUUCGAUCUCAGUUUGUGCCUGAUGAGAUCGCCAAUCCACACAUCAGGUUUCCAACCCUGGCUGGUAACAUCCGAUCAAGGAGAGGUCGGAAGGUUGAACUGAACGUUCCAGUAUACAAAGACACGAACACACCCGAGCCUUUCAAAGACCCAACUGUGAACUACGACCUCCAUAUAUGGCCGGAAGAUGACGAUGUUAGAAAUGGAGCAGCUAAAGAUGGCCAUGUCUAUAUGGAUGCCAUGGCUUUCGGCAUGGGUAGUUGCUGUUUGCAAAUCACUUUCCAAGCUAAGAAUAUGACCGAAGGGAGGAAGCUGUACGAUCAAUUGAGUCCACUGGGACCUAUCUUGCUGGCAUUAACCGCCGCUACUCCGAUCUACAAGGGCUUCCUUGUCGACACGGAUGUGCGCUGGAAUCAGAUCAGUGGAGCUGUGGAUGACCGAACCCGUGAAGAGCUUGGUGAACUUCCCCUGAAGAAUGACAGGUGGAGAAUCCCCAAAUCCAGAUACGCCUCGAACUCGACUUAUAUUUCACAAGACCCUCGAUUGCGGAAGGAGUAUCUAGAUCCUGACUUGAUUAUUGACGAGGACAUCAAGAAGCGUCUGAUGGACGAUGGAAUGGAUGAUCUUUUGGCCACGCAUUUCGCACAUCUCUUCAUCCGUGAUCCUCUGGUCAUCUUCUCGGAAGAUCUUGAAGAACUAGACUUGAACAAGGCAGAUCAUUUUGAGAAUCUACAGUCCACCAAUUGGCAGCAUAUGCGUUUCAAACCACCACCUCCGGAUAAGGAUGAUAUUGGCUGGCGGGUUGAGUUCCGAUCCAUGGAAAUUCAAAUGACCGACUUCGAGAAUGCCGCUUUCAGUAUCUUCAUCGUGCUUGUGACUCGCGCCAUCUUGACCUAUGAUUUGAACUUCUACAUUUCCAUUCAGCGCACGGCAGAGAAUAUGGAGACUGCGCAUGCACGCAACGCGGUUCACGAUCAAAAGUUCUACUUCCGCAAGGAUCCCUUCUCUCCUCGCCGGCCGAAUCCUCAUUCGUCGAGUGGAAGCAACGUCUCUUCCACCACAUCAUCCGCUGCAAACUCGCCACCUCCAUCACCAUCUCUUACCCCUGUGGAGUCUGAGUACGAACUCAUGACCAUCUCAGAUAUCAUCAACGGCUCAGCUGACGGCUCUUUCCCCGGUUUGAUCCCACUCGUCGAAUCUUAUCUCAACAGUGUCAAUGUAGACGUUGAAACUCGCUGCUCAUUGGCUAGCUACCUUGACUUGAUACGCAAGCGUGCAAACGGAACUCUCUGGACGGGCGCCAAGUGGAUUCGCGAAUUUGUUGCGACACACCCAGACUAUAAGCAAGACAGUGUCGUUUCGGAGCGGAUUUGCUAUGAUCUGGUCAAAGCUGUGGACGAAAUGAGUGUGAAUGAGGGUAGGAACGGUACUGUUGGGUGGGAGCUUCUCAAGGGCAAGAACACCUGAACAGACUUUGUAAAUACAUUUGCAUAUAGAUGUAGAUAGCUUGUCCAUUCUUAUGCUGUUACUCUUUGUUGAUAACUGCAUACACUAUUCAAUAUUCCAUUGCAUAAUACUACAG